UCAUACCUAAGCCCAACUGUAAACAUCGUCCAGUAAAAAAAUACCCAUUCUCAAGAUUGGGCCAACAGGGAAUUAUCUGUACGAAAUGAUAAUAGGAGGAUGCGUGUCGUAACUUUAAUGCUUUUACCAUAUAAACGUUGUCUUCCAUCAGGCCGCCUGGCAACUGUCAACGGAGCUGAACUCGUGCGUUGGUCGAACAGAGCAUGGCACGGCUUAUACGGUCUCUAAGGCAAUGGCCUCCAUUGCAGCUGCAGCAGCAGUGGCAGUACCUCUGCUUCUCUCGGAUACUAUCAGUGUCAACUAAACCCCCUUCCCAUUGUUUCUAUUUCGCCACUUCAACUUCCUCCCUUGGGAACGCUCGUCAUCGCACACGCGGAAUCAGAUUGUCCAAUGCCCAAUCUCCAUCUAAUGUACAAGAAAGCGAAACCAUCGACGACUUGGAAUCCGAUGUAAAGAAGAGCCGCAACCAGAAGAAGCGCGAGGCUCGUCGCGCCGUCCGUUGGGGCAUGGACCUCGCUUCCUUCUCCAACCCUCAAAUCAAAGGUAUCCUCAGAGUGGCUUCUCUUGAACAAGAUGUUUUCGAUGCUUUAAUGCUAGUUAAGAGACUCGGCCCUGAUGUUCGAGAGGGAAAGCGAAGGCAGUUCAGUUAUAUUGGGAAACUGCUUCGAGAAGCAGAACCCGAAUUGAUGGAAGCUUUGAUUCAAGCUACAAAAGUAGGUGACCAGAAAACAUUGCAGGCUUUAGCUGCUUCAAAGACACAAAUCACUGAAGAAGAAGAAGAAGAAGAUGAUGAUGAUCCAUUCGAAUAUACUUCACAGGAGUUUGUCAAUAUUACAAAUAGAUGGUUUGAGGGGUUGAUCAGCAAGGACAUUGAAAUUACAAAUGAAGUGUUUUCGGUUAGCAGUGUCGAUUUUGAUCGUCAGGAAUUGCGUAAACUUGUUCGAAAAGUGCAGACGAGUCAAGAACGAAGCUGCAAUUCGACUGAAGAAGACAAGGCAAAAAUAGAAGCAGCGGUAAAGAGAGCCAAGAAGUCCCUCACUCGUUUUCUUCGUACCCUCGCCAAGCAUAUGGCAACAGAAGAUGAUUUUGAUUAAUUUGUUCUGUAAUAUCAUUAUUAUUAUUUUUGGUUUGAAAUGUAAUAUCUUUAUUUUGUA